UUUCUUUCAAUUUAAAUAUAUUUUGUAUGAAAAAUUACGGAAGGAAGUCUUUCUAAGCUUGAGUAAAAUACACUUUAAGCAAAAUAAAGUUUUAUUAACUAGUACGAAUUACAUAAUAAAUAAGUUAACAAAUAACGUGCAACAAGUGACAGAUGUUUAAUAAUUUUAUAGUUAGAAAAGGGUAUUUUUAUAGUAGCCACCCGAAAAUAAGAGUCAGGCUCAAAGGCCUUGACGCCACGCGAUAGUCUUUACAAAAUCAAUAAAUUAAACCAUAAACAAGCGAAAGAGGAGCGGCAGCCCAGUGGCUAGGUCGCUUCUUGAUAGUGACAGUAAUAGCUUCGUUUAGAAACAAGCAUAGUUCGACUUUCCUUCAGCGUUACCGAUUCCUACCGACACUACCAAAAUGGCGGAAAUCAAAUUGGCACAAAAUGCCACAGAUUAAAGCCUGCCUUGACUGUGGAUGUCAUUGUAAAUGACGGCAGAGUUGGACGAAGCUAGUAGGAGGUAACUUUUAAAUAAGAAUAUUCUAGCCAGAAGCAAGUAAAAGGUGCAAGUACGCAGCAGGAAUAAGUUAAGCCAAAUGAAUCAAUAGAGGCUCUAUAAAAAUUUACACAAAAUGGAAGGCGUAAUGGAGCGUUUCAGCAACUAUGAGUAUCUGCAUAGGUCAAGACAGAUUGGAGUUUGGUCACCACAGAUCAUAUCAAAUGUGGUUUUGCAAAUAUUACAAAAACUAAGACCAAUAAAUACAGUGAGACAUGAAUUGGAUGUAAUGGUGAAAUUCAUUUCCCACAUUUCUUUGGUUGAAGCCAAUUGGCUGUCAAUAGUCAGCAGUGUAAUGAGAAUCAUGCCUAAUGAUAUUUACACAAUGAAAGCGAUCGUAAUAAUUAUGCGCGCUUUGCCAAGCCCACAACUGACCACACUCAGUACGCUGCUGCAUGACAGAUUCCGUGUGACCUGUGCCCGCGCUGUGGCAGCCGACUUCGUCAUUAGAGUUGAGAUGAACAUCUGCAUUGUGCUCAACUGCUUAGCUGAAAAGCUAGCAGGAAAUGGCAGCACACAAAUAUUCACUUAUGAUGUCUGCGGCUACUUAUGCCACAUUUUUUUGAAUACUAAAGGUCAUAAUGACCAGGAGUUGCAAAUGAGAGCUUUGCUUGCACUUGAAAAAUUCUCCAUCAUGGCAGAUAACAAGAUGCUGAUUGUGAAUGCACUUUCACUACAAGGAAAAAGUUACUUAUCUGAUUUGGAGAUUUACUUAAGACACAAUGCUGGGCAAUAUGCUAUUCGCCGCGAAUUUCUGUUUUGCGUCAGAUGGGCGCUGGAUAACAUUUUUCUGAAACCGGGCAGACAAUUAUCCUUCCGUACUGUAAACUUAUCGCCAAUAAAUGGUCUACUUAAAAACGAUAGUGGAAAUAUUUUUAUCAAGUAUUCGCCGGAUCUCGCGGAAAUUAGAAAUGAUACCAUAUGGUCUCAAACACUGCACGGAACAUGUGAGGUGGAUAAGAAUAUAUGGUUCUAUGAGGUCACCCUGGUGACCAAUGGUGCCAUAACAGUUGGCUGGGCAACUACCGGCGCUGACAAGAAUAGGCCAGUGGGAUGGGAUGAACUUUCGGUGGGCUAUGACGGCAGGAGGAGAGUACUAUGGCAUUGUGGUGCCGCAUAUUCGAUCCCUAUGGGAUCGUGGAGGCCGGGUGACGUGAUAGGUUGCCUUCUGAACAUCACUAAGAGGAGGGUCAUUUUCUAUAUGAAUGGGAGGGAAACCUCUGUUUCUAGCCAUGAUUUCUUUACUGACAACAAGAAUUCGAGGACAUUCUUCCCGGCCAUUACAAUGUCGGCGUUCCAACAGUGCCGUGUAAACUUGGGACGGGAGCAAUUCCGCUGCCCACCGGAGGCUGUUUACUACUCCACGCCUAGCACUGUCGGUCACCUGACGCCUCAGCAGAGGAUGAUCUACGGGAUGCCGCGGCACGCGAUGCAGCAGCAGCAGGCGACGUACAACGCGAGCGAGGACGCGUGCGACAUCUGCUGCGACCUCGUCGCUGACGUCACGCUGCACCCCUGCGGUCAUCGUACACUUUGUUUUGCAUGCUCGAUGAAAAUCGUUUCGUGCCCCGUGUGCAGAGCUAUCAUCAAGGAAAGACGUUAAAUUGAUUUUAAUUAUUUAAUCAAUCAAUUUAAUCUUUUAAUGCAAGUUUACUACAUACAUUACAUAUAUUUACAGUUCCAUACAUUUAGAAUUGACAUAAGUCAAAACUAUGUAGUUACUAUUAUAGAAUGCAUUUAUGCAACAUAGCGAUAUAAUACAGCCAUAGAGGCCUAAUCUUAAUUUUCCUCGUAAGAAAAGGAUGGGAAGGGGAAUUGUUUUGGCAGAAGGGAUAAUAUUCUCUUUCUGUGUGUCCCCAACCCUAUUGAUUAAAUUUAGGCAACCCAUCUCCAGGUGCCAAUUUCUAAGGGCAGCGGUCAUUUUGCUGUCAGUAAAUCAAGGUGGCUGCUUGCUCUUUUGCCAACUAGUAAUGUAGAAAUACACAUUUAUAUAUGUAUCUUGAUAUCUUUAACUAUACAUAUGGGUUAUGAGUUCAUUUUUUUCACGAUUAUCAGAAUGUUAAUUUUGAAUAUACAUGAUCUUAACCAGAGUGUGAUAGGUUGGGUUAUAACUGAAGAACAGAUUUGUGAAAAGUGCCAUACAAUAAAUUUCUUGUUAUAUUUGCACUGAUGAGACUAAAGACAUUUUUUUAUUUAUAUUUAAAAUCUUAAGGAUACCAAAAAUUCCUUUAUUUUCUAUCUCAAUGUAAGACUGAAUGGUUAUUAUUAUUUCGACCUAUUUUUCAAUUUUAAUUGAUUUAAAAUCUUCAAAAUAUAUUGAUAAGUACAUUUUACCAUUAAUUAGACUAUGUAUUUGAAACUGAUAUUAUUUAUUUGAUUAUUUAUUGUAAAAAGUAUUACAAUAAAUUAUUAAAUAAAUACAUUACUAUAUUGAUAUGAUUAAAUCUUAAGAAAUUGUAUUAGUUUUGAUUGAUACUUCAAUUUAAAUAUAUGAAACAAGUCAUCAAUGUAUUUAGAAAUAUCGUAGAAAUAUAGUAGUGUUGUCGACUCAGGAACUAAGCACUUGAUAUGUAAUCCGCAGAUCCUGGGUUCGAAUUUUAUGUACUAAUAUGUUUUUCCAUUUUAAAUUAGCAUGAUAUGUAAUGUAAUCCUCUUAUGGUGUGCAAGUGAUGCAAACUGCACAUAUCUUAGAAUAAAUUCAAAGAUAUGUGUUAAGUCAACCAAAUGUUAUUGGGCUAGCAUGGUUGACUAUUGUCUAGUCAAACCUAACUUAGGAUAAGCUCCGAGCCCCUCAGUGGGAAUAGAUAGUAAGCUAAUGAUGACAUUAAUAUUAUCUGUUUAUUAUAAGAAAAAUCACUAAUUUAUUAUUUGGCUUUAAUAUUUUUUAUGAAA